AUGCAUUUCUAUCGAAUAGCUGAACGGGUCACUAUACUUGGGAAAGAUUGGCAUCCUCGGUGCCUAAAAUGUGAACACUGCAAGAAAACACUGACAGUGGGUUCUCACUGUGAAAUUGGAUCAGAGUCAUUACGAUAUUGUUCAGACGGGAGUACACGUCACUCCACAUUGCCUAAUUUUGUUCCACUAGAUAUCCUGUCAUUGUUGUCAAUAUGAGUGCCCUAAUUCAUCUUGAUACUUCCGCUUCAUAUUUGAUUCAGCUUAGCUGAGGGUAUUAAGGUUGAUAUUAUUAGCCACUCUGACCUAACAUGACAUCAGCAUGAUCAGACUUGUUUGUAUAUGUCAAAUAUUGGAUGUGAUUUGAUCCCCGUGCUUUUAUUCAGACUUACUUGCCAUAGUUGUUCGUUCUCUGAGAAAAGUGACGCUCUAAGUGGCGAAGUAUCACAGAUUCAAUUUUUUAUUCAUUGGAGAGUUGCGAAUGUAGUAUUAUUGUGAUCAAUCCUCCCAAGGGUCAAUUAAUAUGGAAUUGUCAGGUCAACUCACGUCGAGACCUAAAAGAUGGUUGACCUCGUUCAUUCUUCAUUCAUUUUAUAGUGUUAUGAAAGGUUUUCACUGUGAGACAACUUCGAAAAAAUAGGAUGAUAAUAUAGUACGGUACAACCGCGUAAGUCUGAUUGACACCCAUGAAUUGGCUGGAAAACUUCUGAAAACAUAUUAUCUUGCAUAUUAUCCUCACUAGUCAGUAUCUCCUGACAGGUUUUGUGCCAGAAUGUUCGUUUUGUUUUGCAGUAGUGUCAGUUUUGGUCACUACAUCCACCGAAAUGGCAAUCAGCUGGUUCUUUAGAAGUAAUAGACAAUGUAUCGAUGUGAUGACUUUGGUUUCAUGUUGUUAGUUUAGAGUCGAUAAAAUAUGGCUUCACACGCGGCAUUUUACUGCACAUUAAUUCAUCAUUCUCAGCAGGAGAGUGCUUCUUAACAAAAUUUCUCACGGUGUUUUAUUUAGUACGGGAUACCUUAGGAAAAUUGGAAGUUCAAGUAUGCUGUUCAGAUACUGGGGUUGUGUAUAAAAGCAUAAGAGCUUUAUUAUGGAAUUGGUGUAAACUCAGACUUUAAUAGGAUGAAACUCCUACCGCUAAUCAAUGUCUCAUAUUCAUCUAUAUUUCAGCAUGAUGGUAAACCUUAUUGUAAGAUUCCAUGUUACCAGUCCCUGUUUGGACCCAAAGUUUAACAGAUUCUAGGAUGUGUUGAUACUCAAUUCGGUUGCUAAUGUAUUUGGUAAGAAUUAUCAUGUUUAGUGUCAAGUUGUUUAUCACUGAAAUAAUUGAGACGAGCUAUAAACUAGUGAGUGGUGUGUAGUUUAGUUCAAAUAUAUGUUCUUGAUAAGUUGGAGUAUUGUGUAUGUGCAUAAAACUAAUCUCCGUUCUGAGAAAUAGAUGUGAAGUAAAUUAAGUAUGACAGUGACACGUUUAACGAUCGACAAGUCAAUAUUAUAAGAUGGUAAAUAGGAGGGCUUUGUAUACUGCAUUUACUAGCAAAGGUAUGUUUCUAAGUACAGAGUGAAACAUCAUUUCAGGAGAGAUUUGUUUCGAGGACAACAGGAUUCCUUAGAUAGGACUUUAGAAUCUCGCGCCAUCGAUGUUUGCUGCGUCUCGGAAAUGCGCAUAAAGAAUCCACGUGGCGUCAUUCACUUGAUCUCUCGUGUAUCUGGAAGCCCUGCGGUUGCUUCCUGGAGUUUCACUGGUGUAGGUAUAGCACUCAGUCUUAAGGCAGAACUAGCUCUGGUAGACUGGAUCCCUGUUGAUUGUCGUGUGCGCAUUGUCCGACUGCCGUCGCUUCUUCGUUCGUAUCUGCCUACGCUCCCACCAACUGCAGUUCAGAC